AUGGCAGACGCUGCUUCUGCCAGCACGAGAAGUUUCCAUGAGCACGAGAAGACUCCUCUGCAAUCUGGGCCAGAUGCGUCACCCGUCUCGGCUUCGGGGACGCCCCAUGUACUAGACGGUGGUGCAAGGGCCUGGUCGACGAUGCUUGGCGGCUUUCUCGUGUACAUGGCAACGUUCGGUUAUGCCAAUGCCUUUGGCGUCUUCCAAGACUACUAUACCCGAGCUGGGACCUCUUCCGCGUCCAACAUCUCCUGGAUUGGAGGCGUGCAGCUAUUCCUUCUCAUAUCCGUCGGACUCAUCUCUGGCAAGCUGCUUGACCAGGGCUACUUCCGAGUAACCACGUGGGUCGGGACCGUACUCUACGUAUUCUCGCUCUUCAUGGUGUCCAUUGCGCAUCCCAACAAGUACUAUCAGCUUUUCCUGUCGCAGGGCGUAGGGAUGGGUCUUGGUGCGGGGCUGAUCUACGUGCCUGCGGUUGCGGUACAAGCCCAUCACUUUCGUGUCUACAGGCCGGUCGCUGUCGGUGUUGUCAACACAGGCUCGUCGAUAGGUGGCAUCAUCUUUCCUAUCAUGCUCAACCGUCUCAUCAACGGGAGACUCGGCUUCGCUUGGGGUGUGCGCGCGACGGCAUUUGUUACUCUUGGCGUACUCAUAGCGGCGAACCUGCUCAUGAGCUCGCAUCCCGCCGUCACAUCGAGAGAACGUCCGCCAAAGAACGUCCGCGCUCUCUUCACCGAUAAGACAUACAUGCUGCUCAUCCUGGGAGGGCUCUUCAUGCUGUGGGGGUUAUUCUACCCUUACUUCUACCUACAACUUUUCGCGAUUAAGCAUGGCGUAGAACCUACCGUCGCCUUCUACUCGCUUGCUAUUUUGAACGCGGGAUCUAUACCCGGGCGGAUCGUCCCAAACUUGUUUGCGCGCCGGAUAGGUGUAUUCAACAGUGUCAUCGCAUGCUGCUUUGUAUGUGGAGGUCUACUGUUCGCCCUGUAUGGGGUCAGAAGUGUUGCCGGCACUGUUGUGUUCUCGAUCAUAUACGGGUUCUUCUCGGGAGCAUUCUUGUCUCUGGUCACACUGGCCAUCUCAACACUGGCUAAGGACGAGAGCGAAAUCGGCGUUCGCGUAGGCCUUGGGUUCGCACUCGCUGCCGUCGGUGCACUGACGGGCAACCCUAUCGUCGGCGCGUUGCUCGGCGACGACUUCAGCUGGGGAAAGACGAUCGUCUUCAGCGCCGUAUCUAUCCUCAGCGGCACCGCCGUCAUCUUCAUCGGCAGAUUAUUUUUAGCAAAAGAGAAGGGUUCACACUUCGUCUGA